ACUGGGGCAAGGCGUAUUCAUGUCUCGGCAGCCUUCAACGCCAAGGCCAAGGUGGCCAUGAGCCGCUUUGAGCCUGGCUCUAGCAUUAGUUAUGAGAAGAUGCAUGAAAACAUCAACAUUGUACGGAAGAGGCUCAACCGGCCGCUUACUCUGUCUGAAAAGAUAGUGUACGGUCACCUGGAUGACCCAGUGGGGCAAGAGAUUGACCGGGGCCGCACCUAUCUGCGGCUGCGUCCUGAUCGUGUGGCAAUGCAGGACGCCACGGCACAGAUGGCCAUGCUUCAAUUCAUCAGCAGCGGUCUUCCCAAGGUGGCUGUUCCCUCCACCAUCCACUGUGACCACCUUAUUGAGGCCCAGAUUGGAGGAAUUGAGGACCUGCAGAAGGCAAAGGAAGUGAACCAGGAAGUCUACAACUUCCUUGCAACUGCCGGAGCUAAAUAUGGAGUGGGUUUCUGGAAACCAGGCUCUGGGAUUAUCCACCAGAUAAUCCUGGAAAACUAUGCUUACCCAGGAGUGAUGCUGAUUGGUACAGACUCGCACACUCCCAAUGGCGGUGGCCUGGGUUCUAUCUGUAUUGGAGUGGGAGGAGCUGACGCUGUGGACGUGAUGGCUGGAAUCCCGUGGGAGCUCAAGUGUCCCAAAGUUAUAGGGGUGAGGCUGACAGGCACCCUGUCUGGUUGGACCUCUCCAAAGGACGUCAUCCUGAAGGUGGCUGGAAUCCUGACUGUAAAGGGAGGCACCGGUGCUAUUGUGGAGUACCAUGGGCCUGGAGUUGACUCCAUCUCCUGCACCGGUAUGGCUACAAUCUGCAACAUGGGAGCUGAGAUCGGAGCCACCACCUCUGUGUUCCCCUACAACCACCGUAUGAAGACUUAUCUGAAUAAGACUGGUCGUGCAGAGAUUGCUUCCCUUGCUGAACAGUUCAAGGAUGACCUGGUCCCUGACAAGGACUGUGAAUAUGACCAGGUCAUUGAGAUUAACCUGAGCGAGCUGAAGCCUCACAUCAAUGGGCCUUUCACUCCUGACCUGGCCCACCCUGUGUCUGAAAUCGGGGCUGUAGCUCAGAAGAGUGGCUGGCCCCUGGAGGUCAAAGUUGGUCUCAUCGGCAGCUGCACCAACUCCAGUUAUGAAGACAUGGGCAGAGCAGCCUCUCUGGCCAAGCAGGCUCUGGACAAGGGCCUUAAGUGCAAGGCCCAGUUCACAGUCACUCCUGGAUCUGAGCAGAUCCGUGCCACUAUCGAGAGGGAUGGAUAUGCUAAGGUCCUUAGUGAUGUUGGAGGAGUGGUCCUAGCCAAUGCUUGUGGACCUUGCAUUGGUCAGUGGGAUAGGAAGGACGUGAAGAAGGGAGAGAAGAAUACCAUUGUCACAUCCUUCAACAGAAACUUCACUGCCAGGAAUGAUGCUAACCCUGCUACUCACGCUUUCGUCACCUCACCUGAGAUUGUCACUGCCAUGGCCAUUGCGGGAACUCUUGACUUCAACCCUGAGACUGACUACCUGACAGCCUCCAAUGGAGAGAAGUUUAAGCUGGAGCCCCCCACUGGAGACGAACUCCCUACAAGGGACUUUGACCCUGGUCAGGACACCUAUCAGCAUCCACCAGCUGAUGGCAGCUCAGUGAGGGUGGAUGUGAACCCUGCAAGUAACCGUCUGCAGCUCUUGGAGCCCUUUGACAAGUGGCAUGGAAGAGACCUGGAGGAAAUGAGAGUCCUCAUCAAGGUGAAGGGCAAGUGCACUACAGACCACAUCAGUGCUGCAGGGCCCUGGCUGAAAUUCCGUGGUCACCUUGACAACAUUUCCAACAAUCUGCUGAUUGGCGCAGUCAAUAGUGAGAACGAUGCCGUCAACAAAAUUAAGAACCAGCUGACUGGAGAGUAUGGAGGUGUCCCCGAUGUGGCCCGCUACUACAAGGCCAACAGCGAGAACUGGGUGGUGGUUGGAGAUGAGAACUAUGGUGAGGGUUCCAGCAGAGAGCACGCUGCCCUGGAGCCAAGGCACCUGGGAGGACGCGCCAUCAUCGUCAAGAGCUUUGCCCGGAUUCACGAGACCAACCUGAAGAAGCAGGGGCUGCUGCCUCUGACCUUUGCCAACCCAGGCGACUAUGACAAAAUCCGCCCUGAUGAUAAGAUUUCCAUCAAAGAACUCAAAUCCUUUGCCCCUGGCAAGCCCCUGACAGCAGUGAUCAAGCACAGUGAUGGGAGCCAAGACUCAAUCUCUCUAAACCACUCGUUCAACGAGACGCAGAUUGAAUGGUUCCAGGCUGGCUCUGCCCUCAACAGGAUGAAGCAGAUGCAGUGAUUGUUGGAGAGGAGUGAGGCGGGGCCUGAAAGGGCCAGUACUGGGGGCCUUGGUAGGGGUUUGGAAGCACAGAAAAAUAUGGGCUUGGAGAGGGGGGCCUGUCAAAGAGGAAGAGAGGAUGGGAAAUGAUGGAUUGAUUUUUUUUGUUUUUUUUGUUUUAGGUUUGUUUAGGGACACUUAUAGACAUGCCCCAAAAGAGGAGUGAGUAAAUUCAAUUAUUGUUGCCAACACACAUACCCACACACAUCCACACACACAAAGGUCGCUGUCCAGCUGAAAAGCGCGCGCACACACACACUGACAGACCUGUAGGCAAGACUAUUUUGAAGACACUUCCAGCUGGUAGGCAGAACCAUUCACACAUGCAAAGAAACAGCUACAAACGCACAUAAUCGCAGGCAUCGUUUUGUGAUGAGCUUAGCAUAGCAUUUGUGGAGCUGCCAGGGAAGAGGAAAAGAGGAAGGCCAAAGAGGAGGUUUAUGGAUGUGAGGGAGGAAAUACAGGUGGCUGGGUGUGACAGAGGAAGAUGCGGAGGACAGGAAGAGAUGGAAAUGGAUGAUCCGCCGUGGCGACCCCUAACGGGAGCAGCCAGAAGUAGUAAUGGUAGUAGUUAGCAUUACAUUUGUCUGAUCUUGGCAGAAUUGCUCGUAUCGGAACUGCGCCAUGGUUUAAAUCCAAAUUUUAAGCGUAUUUGUUGUUCAUUGACUAUAGCCAUGCAGUAUUUAGGUUAUUUCACACACACACACACACACACAUACACACACACACUAUCUCAUCCAGCUCAUACUCAUUGUGUGUUUUUCCAUUUGUUCCAUCCAAACAUAAGCUGGUUAACAAGAGUUUCUCAAAUCCACCAAACGCACUGCUCUAGGAACUCGAGACUUGUCCACUGUUACUUCAGGAAGUCCAACAUUCUUUUAACCUCUGUGAAGGUUUUCUGUCUACACCAAAUGGUGCUAAAUUCUGAAAAUAUUUAUUUUUUCUUUCCUCACUCACGUUUUAG